CUACAAAAACCCCCCGGUACUCUACACCUCUCUCCUCAUCACUACUCUUCUUUCUAUCUUUUUCUCCUUACACACAUUGCAAUAUUCUCUCUCGUAAGUACUGAAACAUAAAUUUAUAUAUAUAUAUAUAUACUGAAGUACUACUCUCUCAAUUUUUAUGGUUGUCAUCCAUAAUGUCGUUUAAUCCUAAAUUUCCAGAAUCUUCUGAAAAUAGUACAAGCAAUUCUUCUUCAUCAUCAUCGUCCUCGUCUUUUUCUUCUGGUUCAUUUUUAAUGCUUCAUACUCAGUCCAAGAAGAUCAAGAAGAAGCUCAAACAAGAGACUUCGAGUGGCAGCAGCGGUAGUAGUAGUGGUAGGGUGAGCGCUCGUGAGUCCGGCGAGUGCAGCAAACACCCAGUCUACCGCGGAGUUCGAAUGCGGAGUUGGGGAAAAUGGGUGUCGGAAAUCCGAGAGCCCCGCAAGAAAUCCCGAAUCUGGCUCGGCACGUUCUCCACGCCCGAAAUGGCCGCGCGCGCCCACGACGUCGCCACCCUCGCCAUCAAAGGCAACUCCGCCUUUCUCAAUUUCCCUGCACUUCACGACUCACUGCCUCGCCCUGCUUCCUUAGCGCCGCGCGACAUUCAAGCCGCCGCCGCCGAAGCCGCGGCUAUGGUCGCACUGGAACUCAAUCCCGCCGCCACCACGACGUCCACGUCGACUUCGUCUUCUUCGAAUGAUUCGGAAUCUGAUGAGUUGGGCGAAAUUGUUGAGUUGCCUAAUAUAGAAGGGAUUACCACUAGUAAUACUACGACGUUUGACUCGCCCGAAUCGGUGGGCGAGUUCAUGAUGUUUUCUGACUCGGUCGAUGAUUGUUGGGCUUUUGAAUAUCCGCCCUUGGGAUUAGAGCUGCCAUUGCAGGGAAAUGAAUUCUAUGGGGAAUUUUCUGAUCAGAUUUUAGCUGCCGAAAGUUUGAUUCCGAGUGACGCCAUUGAAGGUCUAGUACUGUGGACAGAUUAAUAAUCGCCUUAAUUGCUCUGUUUUUAUUUUUUAUUUGUAUUAUAUAAAAUAGGGCUCUUAAUUCAUUAUAAUCACUGUUAAGUUUUUCUC